AUGUUAUCCUAUUUUGAGCGUGUUGCUUCCGAAUCAGCCUUGGCUAUAAGUCAAGAGCUAGACAAAUUCCCCAAAAUCUACAAUGUAUACUUUAUUGCAAGCAUAUCUACUGUGGCCGGAUUGAUGUUUGGGUUUGAUAUUUCUUCCAUUUCUGCUUUUAUUGGAACUGAUCCAUACAGACACUUUUUCAACAAUCCCAGUUCCGCCAUUCAAGGAUUCAUCACCGCGGCAAUGGCUUUGGGCUCAUUCUUUGGUUCGAUUGCGUCAGCAUUGGUUUCUGAAUCUUUUGGCAGAAGAUUGUCACUCUUGGUUUGCUCGUUUUGUUGGAUCGUCGGUGCAGCUAUUCAAUCUUCCUCACAGAAUAGGGCACAAUUAAUCAUUGGCAGGAUCAUUGCUGGUUGGGGCGUUGGGUUUGGUUCUUCGGUAGCACCAGUUUAUGGUGCUGAGAUCUCGCCUAGAAACAGAAGAGGAAGUAUUAAUGGGUUCUUUCAAUUGAGCUUGACUGUUGGUAUAAUGAUUAUGUUCUAUAUUAGCUUUGGAUUGGGCAAGAUCCAUGGUGUUGCAAGUUUCAGGAUUGCGUGGGGACUACAAAUAGUUCCAGGUUUGAUAUUGGCUUUUGGUUGUUUUUUCAUUCCGGAAUCGCCUGGAUGGUUGGCAAAGCAAGGCCAAUGGGAGCAUGCUGAAACAAUCGUUGCCAAGAUCCAGGCAAAGGGCAACUCAGAAGAUGCAGAGGUGUUGAUUGAGAUUGCAGAGAUCAAAGAGCAAUUGAUCAUUGAAGAGUCAGCCAAGUCCGUCAGCUAUGCUACAUUAUUUCAGAAAAAGUACUAUUUGAGAACGAUUACGGCGUUGUUUUCCCAAAUUUGGCAACAAUUAACUGGCAUGAACGUGUUGAUGUACUACAUUGUUUACAUAUUCGAGAUGGCCGGAUACUCAGGGAACACUAACUUGAUUGCCUCAUCAAUCCAAUAUGUUUUGAAUGUUGUGUGCUCAAUCCCAGCUUUGAUAUUAUUCGACAAAUGGGGACGUCGUCCAGUCUUGAUUGUUGGUGGCAUCUUGAUGACGACGUUUCAAUUCGGUUUGGCUGGAAUAUUAGGAGCAUAUUCACAGCCUUGGACUGAGUCAGGCAACGACACCGUCAAUAUAAGAAUCCCCGAUACACAGAAAUCAGCAUCAAGAGGAGCAAUUGCCUGUUCGUAUUUGUUUGUAUGUUCCUACGCAAUGACUUGGGGAGUUGGAAUUUGGAUUUAUUGUUCCGAGCUUUGGGGAGAUAACAGAAUAUCACAAAGAGGCAAUUCCUUAUCUACGGCGGCAAAUUGGAUCAUCAACUUUGCAAUCGGAAUGUACACACCAUCAGGGUUCAAAAACAUUAGCUGGAGAACUUACAUUAUCUAUGGUGUGUUUUGUGUUGCAAUGUCCCUUCACGUUUACUUUGGUUUUCCAGAAACUAAAAACAAGAGAUUGGAGGAGAUUGGACAAAUGUGGGAAGCAAAGAUUCCAGCCUGGAAAACAGCAACUUGGGAGCCUACAAUUCCAAUUGCUCCCGAUUCUGAGAUGGCAAGAAAGUUGAGUUUUGAGUAUGACGAGAAUGUUGAAGAGCUGGUGGGAAAAGGGGAAGGGGAAGAUAAUUCGGUUUGA